GGUGGCGAGUUGGGGAAAACACCACCACCAAGUCUUUUUGCCUCCAACUUUUCAUCUGUCGGUUUUCCGUCGCGUCGAACGGUUGCAUUGCACAACACGAGUGUUUCAGUGGCGUUUUUCGCAAAUUGGUGGUGCUUUUGAGGGCACCAACAAUGCAAACCUCCACCUUGUAAACCCCCACAAUGGCGCAAUUCGUGACUCACAUCCAACCAACUCUGGUGGAAGCCUCCCACCACCACGUGCCUCACCAGCACCAUCACAAGGAGCUCCACCACCACCAUAAAGAAUACCACGAAACCAUCGACCACCACCACAAGGAGCACAAGGACCACAAGGACCACAAGGACUCACACCACCACCAUAAAGACUCCUCCCACCACCAUUUGCGCGAUUUUCCCGUCUUGCCGCAUCCCCAUGUCGAGCAUUCGCCCCAUAAUGGCCAUGACGACGUCGACCACAAGAGCAAAAGGGACUCAGGACAAUAUCUAGACUCACAUGGAGUUAGCCACACGUUCCAGCUGCAUUUUGUUGACUCGCAGGGCAUUUAUCGGGAUUAUCACGGGCAUGCUAUCGAUAAGGACAGUGAAGGGAGGCAUAAAAAGGAGAAAUCGCCCUUCAAGGACGAGGCCAAGGCCAUACCGCCGCAGUAUAUCGAUCUUGGAGGGCAUUAUUUAGACAACAAAAAUACUGAUGGAAAUACGUCUUUUCUACGCGCCGCGCGCAAUGGUCAGCUUGAAAAAGUCCUAGAACACUUAGAAUCAAAUAUCGACAUCAACACCAGCAACGCUAAUGGCCUGAACGCCCUUCAUUUAGCCUCGAAAGAUGGCCACGUAGAAAUAGUCAAAGAGCUUCUAAAAAGGGGCGCCGUCAUCGAUGCAGCCACUAAAAAAGGCAACACAGCCCUCCACAUAGCUUCUCUAGCCGGCCAAGAGGAAGUCGUUAAGCUUCUAGUCAGCCAUGGCGCUUCCGUCAACGUACAAAGCCAAAACGGCUUCACACCGCUAUACAUGGCGGCCCAAGAAAAUCACGACAACGUCGUCAAGUACCUGCUGGCCAACGGGGCAAACCAGAGCCUCUCCACAGAGGAUGGGUUCACCCCUUUGGCCGUCGCUAUGCAGCAAGGGCACGAUAAAGUCGUCACGGUGCUGCUGGAAAACGACACCAGAGGCAAAGUGCGUUUGCCUGCUCUUCACAUCGCGGCGAAGAAAGACGACGUUAAAGCCGCCAAACUUCUCCUAGAGAACGAACACAACCCGGACGUCACCUCCAAGUCGGGUUUCACUCCUUUGCACAUCGCCUCUCACUACGGCAACCAGGCAAUUGCCAAUCUUCUGCUGCAAAAGGGGGCAGAUGUUAACUACGCCGCCAAACACAAUAUCACACCGCUUCAUGUCGCCGCCAAAUGGGGCAAAACCAACAUGGUGACGGUUCUACUAGAACAUGGGGCGAAUAUUGAAUCUAAAACAAGAGAUGGCCUCACUCCUCUGCAUUGUGCUGCAAGGAGUGGCCACGAGCAAGUUGUGGAUAUGCUCCUGGAGAAGGGAGCUCCCAUCAGUUCCAAAACCAAAAACGGGUUGGCACCUCUUCAUAUGGCCGCUCAAGGGGAUCAUGUGGACGCGGCAAGGAUCCUCCUCUAUCACAGAGCACCUGUAGACGAAGUUACAGUCGACUACUUGACGGCGCUUCAUGUGGCUGCUCAUUGUGGCCAUGUGAGGGUCGCCAAGUUGUUGUUAGACCGUCAAGCUGAUGCUAACGCUAGGGCUCUUAACGGUUUCACGCCACUUCAUAUUGCCUGCAAGAAGAAUAGGAUCAAAGUUGUUGAGUUGCUACUCAAACAUGGCGCAAGUAUUGGUGCUACGACGGAAAGCGGACUAACACCGCUCCACGUUGCCAGUUUCAUGGGAUGUAUGAAUAUUGUUAUCUACUUGCUCCAACACGAUGCCAGUCCAGAUGUACCAACAGUGCGCGGGGAAACACCUCUGCAUUUAGCCGCGCGUGCUAAUCAGACUGACAUCAUCAGGAUCCUACUCCGAAACGGCGCCCAAGUGGACGCCCGCGCCCGCGAGCAACAAACCCCCCUCCACAUCGCCUCCCGUCUUGGAAACGUCGACAUUGUCAUGCUUCUCCUCCAGCACGGAGCUAAAGUGGACAACACCACGAAAGACAUGUACACAGCUCUUCACAUCGCGGCUAAGGAAGGUCAAGACGAAGUGGCUGCAGCUUUGAUCGACCAUGGAGCCUCUCUGAACGCCACCACCAAGAAGGGUUUCACUCCUUUACAUCUAGCCGCCAAAUACGGGCACUUGAAGGUUGCGAAGCUCCUCCUCCAGAAGGAAGCCCCGGUUGAUGCCCAAGGCAAGAACGGAGUGACUCCUCUCCAUGUCGCUUCACACUACGACCACCAGAACGUCGCGUUAUUGCUACUGGAAAAAGGGGCUUCGCCCUACGCCACUGCGAAGAAUGGACACACUCCCUUACACAUAGCAGCAAAGAAGAACCAAAUGGAUAUUGCCAACACAUUGCUGGAAUAUGGUGCUAAACCAAAUGCGGAGAGUAAAGCUGGGUUCACACCGUUGCAUUUGAGUGCCCAGGAGGGUCAUUGUGAUAUGACGGACCUUUUGAUUGAACAUAAGGCGGAUACUAACCAUAGGGCGCGGAACGGCUUAGCUCCGUUACAUCUCUGUGCCCAGGAAGAUAAGGUUCCGGUGGCGGAAAUCCUGGUUAAGAAUGGAGGAGAAGUUGACGCUUCGACGAAAAAUGGUUACACGCCCUUGCACAUUGCGUGUCAUUAUGGACAGAUCAAUAUGGUUCGAUUUUUGCUAUCACAUGGUGCCAAUGUCAAGGCCAACACCGCUUUGGGUUACACGCCUUUGCACCAAGCCGCCCAGCAAGGACAUACCAACAUAGUCAACACGUUGCUGGAAAAUUCAGCGCAGCCCAACGCUGUGACAAACAAUGGACAAACGCCCUUACACAUUGCCGAAAAAUUGGGGUACAUCACGGUGAUCGACACGCUGAAGGUGGUAACCCAGCCGUCGUCACCCAUGAGUGCCUCAACCAUUUCCAACGAGGAGAAGUACCGUGUGGUCGCGCCGGAAGCGAUGCACGAGACUUUCAUGUCGGAUUCGGAGGAAGAAGGUGCAGGGGAGAAUAUUUUGGACGGAUUCGGUACGGCACCGCAUCAACGACACGUGUACCUACCCUAUUUCAAUGGUACUACUUUGCUCACCAGAGAGGAUACAGUUUUGGGCGACCAGACUUAUAGGUACUUGACGGCGGAUGAAAUGAAGAGUCUUGGUGACGAUUCGUUGCCGAUUGAUGUCACGCGGGAUGAGAGGAUAGAUUCGAAUAAAAUGGCAUCAAAUGCCGAAAAUAUGAUGCCACCACGCCACAUCGAAGACAAUAUCAGUCCUGAACAUGUACAACAGAACUACGUGGAGUAUAUUAAAAAAUACACUCCUGACAACAUCGAUAUAGACAAACAUCCCAUAAAUAUCGGGAAGCUUCACUGGAAGAACUUCCUGGUCUCAUUCCUAGUGGAUGCCCGAGGUGGGGCUAUGCGUGGAUGUCGCCAUUCUGGAGUCCGUGUCAUAGUACCACCAAGAUGUGCCUCAAGUCCUACCAGGAUAACCUGCAGAUACGUACGUCCUCAGAGGACUCCUCAUCCACCUCCGUUGAUGGAAGGCGAAGCUUUGGCCAGUCGAGUCCUUGAAUUGGGUCCUGUGGGAGCCAAAUUUUUAGGACCUGUGAUCAUUGAAGUACCACAUUUUGCGGCACUUCGUGGCAAAGAGCGCGAAAUUGUGAUCCUGCGCUCUGAUAAUGGCGAGUCCUGGAAGGAGCACACUGUGGAUGCCACUGAAGAGGUCCUCAAUGAGGUCCUGCACGACAGUUUCGAGGCGGAAGAUUUGAACCAACUGGAGGAUGUAUCGUCUGGUAGAAUCACUCGGAUUGUCACUCAAGACUUUCCGCAGUAUUUCGCUGUGGUUUCACGGAUCAGGCAAGAGGUGCACGCAAUCGGGCCUGAAGGCGGAAUGGUCUCCAGCACGGUGGUACCCCAGGUCCAGGCCGUUUUCCCGCAAGGGGCGCUCACCAAGAAGAUUAAAGUCGGACUGCAGGCCCAACCCAUUGACCCAGAACUGACCGCCAAGUUGCUGGGACAUGGGGUUGCCGUUUCGCCGGUGGUUACCGUCGAACCAAGACGACGAAAGUUCCACAAAGCCAUCACGCUGAGUAUGCCGGCACCUAGAGCCCACUCGCAAGGAAUGAUCAACCAGUAUUCGGGAAGUGCGCCCACUUUGAGGCUACUCUGCUCCAUAACAGGGGUGUUUCGGAAAAGAUCUCUCAAAGGCGGUACAACGAGAGCGCAAUGGGAGGACGUGACCGGGUCUACACCACUGACUUUCGUCAACGAUUGCGUCUCGUUUACUACGACGGUGUCGGCGCGGUUUUGGCUCAUGGACUGUCGGAACGUCGGAGAUGCGACCAAGAUGGCCACCGAGCUUUACAGGGAAGCUAUUCAUGUGCCCUUCAUGGCAAAGUUCGUGGUUUUUGCAAAACGCGUUGAUCCGCUCGAGGCGCGAUUACGCGUCUUCUGCAUGACUGACGACAAAGAGGACAAGACUCUGGAACACCAGGAGCACUUCACCGAAGUGGCGAAAAGUCGCGACGUGGAAGUGCUUGAGGGUAAACCGCAAUACAUCGAGUUCGCCGGUAACCUGGUGCCCAUCACCAAAAGUGGCGAACAACUCCAGUUCUCCUUCAGAGCGUUUAGGGAAAACCGGCUCCCGUUCUCCGUGAGGGUCAAAGACCAACACGCUGAAGCCGUCAGUCGGUGUCUUUUUAUGCGAGAGCCUAAGUUACCAAAAGGCGAGCCGCCGCAACAACCCAUCUGUAUUUUGAACAUUGUACUGCCGGAUGAUAUCGUAGUGGACACCAUCUCCUUGACGGAUUCCGACUCCCUGAAGAAAAUUGAGAAUUUCGAUUACUACAGGCCGGAUCCACGAUUGGCGGACAUGAGCAACCUCCUUGGCGAAGACUGGGUUCCUCUGGCGACUCAGUUGGGUCUGACAACUUCCGAAAUCAACGUUAUCAAGUCUGAAUACCCGGACAGUGUGGCAAAACAGGCCCAGUCAAUGUUGCGAAUGUGGCUUUCCCAAUCCGGUAACAAAGCCCAGACCAACACUCUUGAAAGUGCGCUUAGGAGGAUAGGAAGAGAGGACAUCAUACCUCAGUGCCUAAACGUCGAAUAUCCGGCUCACGGGAUCAAGGAGAUAGGAAAACAGAGACUGAUCAAGAAAAUUAGCAUAGAACAGAACCUCUACGAGCGAGACAUAAUGCGCGACUCUGAAAGUGUCGAAUCGCUCAAGAAAGCCGAAGAAGAGAGAAAGAAAGAGAACUUCGACAAGUACUCAGCCGAAGAAAAGGUUGUGGAGGAGACGUCCGAUGAGGAAGAUUUCAACAAGACGGUGACGGAAAGGCGCCAACAGAUCGAGGAACGACUUUCUGUCGAUAGAACCGUUCCGGCGUCUUCGCAACGUGUCGAAAUUGUCCAGGAAAUCAGUUCUAUCAAACGACAGAGUUUGGUGGAGAAUAAAAUUGCAGAAGUCGAACAGAAAGCUGUAACGGAAGUCGUUGACGGAAAAACCACAAAAACAUCCAACGAGUUGACGACUCCGCUAACGGCUGAAAAGACGAAAGUGGAUGGAGAGAGGGAACGAAGGGACUCAGCGUUGCUGGAAGGCGUCACACAGAGAUUUGAAAGCACCAAGACGAUGAUGACGAAAAUUGCCUCAACAGAAGAUCCCAAAUCCCCGAAAGUGUCAAAGACUCCACCACCGAGUCCAGCCGACUUCCUUACCCGAGAACAGGCAGCCUCAAUCCAAGAGUGGGAUGUCUCAAAGAAGUCAGCAUCACAGGAAGAAGCACCACAGGACGCAGAGCAGCAAGGAUUGUCAACCACGACCGAACGUUUAGUAGCUAGGCACGAAGAAACAUUGCUAGACAAACCUUUAGGCCAGCAGCUUACUGGUUUAUCUGUCACUGACGAUUAUUUACUUUCCGAUUUAAAAACCGUACUCGAACAAACUAACGCUUUUAUCCAAUCUGAGUCACAACCGGAACCGUAUGACGCGCUUGCGGAAAAAUAUACGAGAAAAGAGCCAAUCAAUGAGCGAAAAGUCGACGACCAUAAAAAUAACAUGAAUGAAAAGAAGAAAGCGAAGAAAGGUUUCUUCGGUUCAAUCAAAACUUUUGUCGAACGGUCAUUUGAAUCCGAUUCUGAGUCAGAGAAAUCACCGAAAAAGUCCAAAAAACCCAAAAAAGAGAAAAAGAAGAAAGCCAAAGAUGAGAAAGCAACUGAGCAAGGUUUGCCACCAAGAAAACCAAAAUUGCCAACGCCACCUUUGGCACCCAGUGAUAUUGACAGCAUACCAUUUGUUGAAGCUUCAGUUUCUGAUUUACCACCACCAUACAAACCACCAGAUGUUCCAAUUAAAGAAGAACAAAUUCCAGUCACUGACCUAGAUGCAGAUCUUCCCGUCCAAGAGAAAGAGCAAACUCCACAACCAACUGAAACUAAAGAAAAAGUCCAAGAAAAGCUCCAGAAAGACAAAGAUAAGAAGAAAAGCAAAGCGAAAACUGUUGUUGUAGAAGAAGUCACUAAAACAAUCCAGCCUUUGGUCAUAGAAGCAGAGGAAUUUUCAGUGGUUGUUGAUCCCACCAAGAAAGAGUCUCCGAAAAAAUCAAAAGAAACAUUUACUAUCAAUAUUGAUGAAACUAUAGAGAAGAAGGAGAAAGAAAUUUUAGAAAGGUCACCAAUCUUGUCCGAAGAGAAAAUAAUGAAACCUAUCGCAGCUCUGGAACAAAUAGAUGUUCCCGUCAGACCACCAAGAACUAAAGACCACAUUUAUGAAGACAUCGAAGAUCCUGCUAAAAUUUCACAAGUUGCAAUCAAGGAAGUUACUACAAGUUUGAUUCAAAACGAGAUGAAUAACGGUGCUUGGUCGGAUAUUACUCCUGUUACCCAAAAAACAGAGAAAGAAGAUGAAGCACAGAAGGAAAUUGUUGAAAAGCAAGACAAAGAAAUUCUGAAAGAAACCGAUAAGAAGAAAGAUGAAAAGAAGAGUGGUUUCUUCGGUUUGUUUAAGAAGCGAGAUUCGAAGAAAGAUGAUGAAGUGCCCAUAUUAGAAAAGGUUGAAAAGAAAUCGCUUUCUGAAGAAGUGUUGAAAGAUAUGGAUGAUUCGAAGAAGUUUAUUUCUGAUGAAGUGGAUAAUUACCAUGAUGUGCGUCCAGUUGCAGCAAAAGAAAGUGAGCCAGAAAUUGUUUCUACUAUUGCUAAGCCGGAAACGGAAAAAACGAAAGUAGAAGAAGUAGAAGAACGAAAAAUAGAAGAAACAAAGGCACAGUCGGAAGGUUUCUUCGGUUUAUUCAAGAAACCUAAAAAGGAAGAGAAACCUGCCGACAAGAAGGAUGUUGAGAAGAAAACUAAGAAAGAAGAAAAAAAGCAAGAAGAAAAGAAAUUGGCUGUGAUUUUAUCAGAAGAAGUGCUUAAAAAUAUCUUGGAUUCAAAACGGUUUUUGGAGGGUGAAGUACAAAAUUAUCAUGAUGUCAGGACUGAUCAAGCUAAAGUACAAGAAAAGGUGGUCGAAGUGGUACAUGAAGAGCCACCAAAGAAGAUUAUCGAAGAGCCUUCACCUAAAAAAGUUACAGAUGUUAGAAGGGAAUCGUCACCUAAACCAUCUGGGCUUUUUGGCCUUUUCAAAAAAUCAAAAGAUGCGGAAGUAGAACAACCUGCGAAAGAAAUGAAGGAAACUGAACAAAUUUUGACUGCUGAAAUAGAAAAGCCUGAGGAACCAAAACUCGAACCUGAAGAAAAGAAAAUUGAGGAAGUUGAAAAAACCACCACUGAAGCUGCUGAAACUCAAUCAAGCGGUUUCUUUGGUUUCUUUAAAAAAUCGAAAAAGGAAGAAGAGGCUCCUCCUGCACAACCACAACUUUCGGAAUCUGUGGUCAAAGAUAUAACCGAUACUACACAAUUUUUAACCGACGAAGUUCAACAUUACGAAGAUACGCGACCUGUAAAAGAAGAAACGCUUGGUGAAGAAAAAGCGACAGAAUCUGCCGAACAACCGUCUUCUGGUUUCUUUGGUCUAUUCAAAAAAGCCAAAAAAGAAGAUGAGAAGAUUGCACCUGAAACUGUAACCAAGGAAAUUUCUGUUGAAGAAAAGCCCGUCAAAGUUCCGACUGAAGAAGAAAAAGCAAAGAAAGUCGUGGAAGAGGCGCGGGAAUCCUCACCAAAACCAGGUUUCUUCGGUCUCUUCAAAAAAUCGAAGAAAGACGAAGAAGAAACAAUUCCAACCAGACCGCCUCUCUCGGAUUCUGUUCUAAAAGAUAUUAAAGAAACCAACCAGUUUUUGUCAUGUGAAAUAGAGAAUUAUCACGAUGUGAAACCUGUAAAAUUUGCACCCAUUGUAGGAGAAAAAAUAGAAAAAUCUCUAGAUGAAACGGUGGAAUCUUCACCUAAAUCUUCAAGAGGUCUCUUUGGCAUUUUUAAGAAAUCGAAGAAAGAUCAAGAGGAAAUACCAGAAGCUAAAAAACCGGUUCUUUCUGAAGCAGCUUUAAAAGACAUGAAUGAUACACGUUCAUUUUUGCAAACAGAAGUUGACAAUUAUCAAGACGUAAAACCAGCAAAGUUUCAACCAAUCAAAGAGGAAAAAGUUGAUGAAGAUAUUGAGGAACCGCAAGAGCUUUCGCCCAAAUCUCGUGGCCUUUUUGGUAUUUUCAAAAAACCAAAGAAAGAUAGGGAAGGAUCAGUUGAAGCAAAACUUGUCUUGUCUGAAGAAGUUUUGAAGGAUAUGAAGGAUACAGACGAAUUUUUGUCGGUGGAAGUUGAUAAUUACCAUGACGUUAAAAUUCCCGAGGAACAAAAACCUAUUCAAGCAGCGGAAAUAAACGUGGAAUCGGCGGCAAAACCAUCGAAAGGUUUAUUUGGUAUCUUUAAAAAGUCUAAGAAAGAUGAAGAAGAAACUGCUGAAUUAAAACUUUCCGAUUCUGUUGAAAAAGAAGUGAUUAAGGAGGAAACUGAAAAACAUACUGAAACUAAACCGGAAAAAUCCCUUUCUACUGAUGAAGAAAAAAUAUCAAAAACAGUCAAGGAAUCAUCACCAAGUCGUGGCCUGUUUGGUAUUUUCAAGAAACCUACGAAGGAAGAAGAAAUAACAGAACCUAAACCUGUUAUUUCUGAAGAAGUAGCAAAAGAUAUCGCAGAUACCAACAAGUUUUUGACUGGAGAAGUAGAGAACUAUCAUGAUGUAAAACCGGAAAAGUCUGCUUCAAUUGAUGAAGAGAAAGUUAUUAAAACGGUAGAAGAAAGGACCGAAUCUUCACCAUCUCGAGGAUUAUUCGGUAUCUUCAAAAAGCCUAAAAAGGACGAAGAACCUUCUGAGACUAAAGUAGAACUGUCGGAAGAAGUUGUAAGAGAUAUUAAUGACACCACUCAAUUUUUAACUGAAGAAGUUAAAAAGUAUCAUGAUGUAAAACCAGAAAAGCGUGCUUCGGUUGAUGAAGAAAAAGCAAUAAAAACAGUAGGGGAAAGAACCGAAUCUUCACCGUCUCGAGGAUUAUUCGGUAUCUUUAAAAAAGGCAAAAAGGACGAAGAACAUUCUGAGUCAAAGACCGCACUAUCAGAAGAAGUUGUAAAGGACAUUAGUGACACCACUCAAUUUUUGACUGAAGAAGUAGAAAAAUAUCAGGAUGUGAAACACGAAAAGAGUGCUUCAGUUGAUGAAGAAAAAGUUCCAAAAACAGUAGACGAAAAGACGGAAUCUUCGCCAUCUCGAGGAUUGUUCGGUAUCUUUAAAAAGCCUAAAAAGGACGAAGGACCUUCUGAGACAAAAGUUGCACUCUCGGAAGAAGUUGUAAAAGAUAUUAAUGACACCACUCAAUUUUUAAGUGAAGAAGUUGAAAAGUAUCAUGAUGUAAGAGCCGAAAAACGUGCUUCAGUCGAUGAAGAAAAAGUUACAAAAGCUGUAGAGGAAAGAACGGAAUCUUCACCAUCUCGAGGACUAUUCGGUAUCUUUAAAAAAUCUAAAAAGGACGAAGAACUUUCUGAAUCAAAAAUCCCACUAUCGGAAGACGUUGUAAAGGACAUUAAUGACACCACUCAAUUUCUGACUGAAGAAGUAGAAAAAUAUCAUGAUGUAAAACCUGAAAAGUCUGCAUCCGUUGAUGAAGAAAAAGUUACAAAAACGGUAGAGGAAAGAACUGAAUCUUCGCCAGCUCGAGGAUUAUUCGGUAUCUUUAAAAAGACUAAAAAGGAUGAGGAAACUUUAGAACCAAAACCAACUCUUUCUGAAGAAGCAAAAGAUAUUGUUGACACUACUCAAGUUUUGACUGAAGAAGUUCAAAAAUACCAAGACGUUAAACCAGAAGAAACAAUUUUAACUGAAAAAGUACAAAAAGCAGGAGAAGAUAAAUCCGAAUCUCGUGGCGUGUUUGGAUUCUUCAAAAAAUCUAAACGAGAGGGAUCUGUAGAACAUAAGGGCCCUCUUUCAGAAGAAGUUGUAAAAGACAUGGCUGAUACUAGCAAAUUUUUAAGCACUGAGGUUGAAAAUUAUCACGAUGUUAAACCAGAAACAACAGUUAAAGACAUCGAGGAGCCAAAAACUGUAACUGUGGAAGACGAACAGGUUCCAAAAUCAACUGAAAAACGAACAGAAUCUCGUGGCUUGCUGGGUAUUUUCAAAAAAUCUAAGAAGGAAGAAGAAAUUUCUGAUGUGAAAACUAUUGAAAAAGAUACACAAGCGACCCAAGAAUCUAUUUCUUCUGAAGUAACCACUUAUGAAGACGCUAUAUUAGAGUUCAAUGAAGCGCAAAAAAUGGCGCCACAGGAUGAUGAUGAACCAAAACAGGAAGCAAAAGUUGGAUUCUUGUCGAAGUUUAAAAAGACCAAGAAGAAGCCAAGUUUAACAGAUCCACAACUAUCAGAAGAAGUACUAAAACAGAUGGACGAAACAAAGAACUUUUUAUCUACUGAACUCGAAAAUUACGAAGAUGCAACAGUUCAGAGAGUUGAUAAAGAUAAAAAAGAUGAAAAAACUGUCACUUUUGAAGACACAAAAUCAAAAAUGGUGACAGAAAUUCAACUUCCACAGGUUGAAGUUGCUCAUGUCGUUGAAGUCGCUACAAAAGAUGCCGCAGAUCUGGCCAGUGAGACUGUAGAGGAACUUCAAAAAACAACGGAAGUUGUUGAAAAGCAAGUAACUAAAGUGCAACAAGUUGCAGAAGAGGAAGUAAAGCCGUUGAAAAAAGAUAAGUAUGGUAAAGAGAAAAAAGGCAAGAAGUUUAAUAUAUUUGGGAAGAAAUCUAAAUCACAGGACGCUUCUUUUGACGAAGGUAGAGGAAGAACAGAAGAGGAAAGUGAAGGAUCACCAAAAAAACAAAAGAGACGUAAAAGCAGUAGUCCGUUCAAAUUCUUUGAAAAAAUGAUGAAAAGCGAAGAAGAGGUCAAAGAAACUGAGCCUGAGGAGCCACAAAUCCCAGCUAAAAUUGCAACUGUCACUAAAGAAGAACCAAAGGAUGAUUUGCUAGCAAUUGAAUUUGAAAAAGAAGCUGGAAUGAACUUAAGCGAAGAAGUUUUGGGUAGUUUAGAGAAGAAAAUGGAGGAACUGAAAAAGAAAUAUUCACCUGAGGUACAGAAACAGAUCAACGAUUGUCGCGAUUUUCUAUUUAUAGAAGUUGAUAAUUAUGAAGAUUCUAAACCAGUUGUUGUUACCGAUAUUGAUACUGGAAUAUCCACCGAUGCUAGUAAAGCAGUCGAUGAAAUUAUUGAUGAAGCUGCUAAAGCAGUUCAAGUUGGUCAGAGCCAAGCUACCACUGUAAAAUCUGAAGUUGUGGAAACCAUUACAAGAAGCGACUCUGAAAGUGAGGAUGGAAAAAAGAAGGAAAAGAAGAAAGACAAAAAAUCUGGAGGAUUCUUUUCCAAACUAGGAAGUUUGAUUUCAGGAAGCGUUGACGAAGCUAAGAGUGAAAUAGAGGAGGCUAAAAAGGGAACUCAAGAAACUCUAGAUUCUACAGUUAAAAGUGUCAAAGGCAAAGCCGAAAAAACAAAAGACGCAUUGGCAGAAAAAACGAUAGAAAAAACUCAAGAAAUUAAAGAUUUGAAGGACAGUUCUGUUGCUACAACUUCUCAGAAGGUUGACGAAGCAAAAAAAGGAAUCAUGGAAUUAAAAGAAUCAUUACUGGAAACAACCGAAAAAACUGGGAAAAAAAUUGAGGAUAUUAAAAAGGACACCUCAGCGAAAACGGGAGAAAUAAAAGAUGCAGCGGUGAAAACCGUCGAUGACGUAAAAGGAAGCGCACAGACGGCGUUGACUAAAGCUACUGAUCAAGUAGUAGAAGCAUCUGUUAAAAAAAUGGAAGAAGUAAAACAAACAACAGAAGAAACAAAAAAUAAAACAGAAGAAACUGUGAAAACAGUUCUAGAUUCUGGUGUCAGUAAGCUUGACGAUUUGCAGAAGAAGACCAAAGAAAAACUAGCAGAUGGUAAGAGUCGUGUAGAACAGAAGAUGGAUGAAGCAGUCAAGGAAUCUUCAAAAAUUGUUAAGGAACUGGAGAAAACCAAAGAUUAUGCGGUAGAGAAAACAGAAGAUGCCAAGACUCAAGGACAACAAAUUACGCAACAAGUCGUUGAAACCACCAAAGACGUUAAACGUGAUGCCGAAAAAGCAAAGGCUUAUAUUGAAAGUGUCGGAAAACAAAAAGUGGAUGAUUUAGACAAAGCAAUAGAAGACAUGAGAGCCAAAAUUGACGAAGAAGUGAAAGAUUUUCAACAUUCAACACAACAGAAAGCUGAUGAUUUAGCACAAGUGAAAGAUAAGGCAGUAAAAGAUGUUGAGAUGGCAGCCAAAAAGAAAAUCGAUGAGAUGGAACAAACAAAAGAGCUUGUAAAGGGAGCUAUUGAAGAGAAAGUUGACGAUUUUGGUAAAACCGCUGGACAAGCAAUGAAUGGUUUUGGAAAAGUUAAGGAAAGUAGUACACAAGCAGCUGCACAAAAAAUAGAAGAGUUGUCACAAGUUAAAGAAAAAGCUGUUGCUAAGUUGGACGAAGUCAAAGAUGAAAUUGCGGUCGCUGCUAAAGGAAAAAUGGACGAUAUGGCGCAGAAGUCUUCUAAAUUUGUGGAUGAUUUGGCGAAAGUUAAGGAAGAAGCACAGGAAAAAAUAACACAAAAAAUUGACGCGAAAGCAAAAGAUAUAAAGGAUGCAGUUUCUCAAAAAAUAGUAGAUGUUGACAAAACUGACAAAAUUUCUAAAACAGUCACAAAGAAAGUUGAAGAUUUGACAGAAGAAGCUGUUAAUGGUUUUCAAAAAACAACACAAAUAUUGAGCAAAGUUGACAAGACUAAAGAAGACGCUAUUGCUGACCUUUCUAAACUGAAAGACAGUGCUUCGGGAACGCUGUCCCAGUUAGUAACAGAUACUGCAAAGUCGAAAGAAAGUGCAAUUGAGGAUUUAAUGCGUAUAGAACAGAGCCUAAAAGAUACAUCUUCACAGAUUGCUGGGGAAUUGUCAAAGGGAGUUUCACAAAAAGUGGAUGAUUUUCAGGCAGCAAGACAGAAGGCAAUUGAUGAUAUUGAAAAAAUUAAAAGUUCUACUAAAGCCGAUGCGGCAAUAAAAAAAGAAGUUGAUCAGAAAAAAAAGAAGCUUGAUGAGGAAUUGUCAAAAUUAACAUCUUCUUUAGAACAGUUAGCUGAACCCGUGGUGAAAGAUAUAGAAACAGUAAAGUCAUACGUUACUUCACCUACGAUGGCACGUCGAGCUGAAUCACAAAGGUUUUCUCGUGAAGAACGACCAACAGUUCGUGAAGUGAAAACUGGUCAACAGGAUGAAGAUAGCGAUGAAGAGCACUAUACUGUGACCGAACCCGAAGAUGAAGACGAUAAGAAGCGCAAACCUUUAUUUCAUUUAGAAUCUGAAGAUGACGAUUCGUUUGAAUUGUCCAAGGCUAAGGAGAGACGUGAUAGUGUCAAGUCGAAUGUUUUGGAAACUUUGAGCGAGAACAAGUUGGAUAAUUUACUGAGCGACUUGGAGUCUCAGUUGGUGAAGGAUUUGGACCGGUCAGUGACUGAAGUAAAGGAGAAAAGUGACAGUAAAUUGGCAAAAGUCGAAUUAGAGUUGGAAACGAUAACAAAAGACUCGCAAGCCGAUGUUGAUCAGAUCGAGCAGAAAUUACGUGACUUGGACAAAGCGUUAGAUUCACUCGAACAAGCGUCCGAUCCUAAGCUCGAAAAAAAGUUGCAUAGGGUCGAACGCAAGUUCGAACGGAUGGCGUCUGAAGUAAUGGACAAAGACGUAACGGGAGCGUCUCCAACCGAGGUCGAGGCGCGUCGUGAACACGAAUUUCAAAAGCUCGUCUCGCAGCUGAGCACUGAAGAGGUGUCAGACUUCCAGAAAGAGUACAGUCAUUUAUGGGACGAGACCACGUUCUCAAAAAGCGAGGAAUGGGACUCGAAAACGCCCGAUAGUCAAGUUGACGUGCAGGAACUUCCUCAAGAAACCACCGCAACACUAACCGAAGAUACUAAAACCGUACCACAACCCAAACCCCGCUUUGCUAAAGAACCUCCUCUACAAUUCAAAGACCGCGAACCCAAACUAGAGAAACAAAUAUCACCAGUACGUGAUGAUUUACUCGACGAGGAGGACUCGGCGGUCCCUGAGACUUAUUCAGACAAGAAAAAAUUCUGGGAAAACGUCACCAAAGAAAAGAGAAUGAGUCUAAACGAAGUCACAACACCUGAUAAAGAGUUUCUUAAGAAGCGAGUCUCAGUGCAUGAGGUUCCAGUACCGAAACCUCGCUCCCAAGUCCAGGUUUCGCAAAGUAUUGACGAAACUGGACCGACGAAAGAGGCAGAAGAGCCAGAAACAAGAAUCAUGUCUGAAUAUCAAGCCUCGUUCCAACCGCCGAGCGAACGUAAAUCAAAAACCCCACCAAAACUAGAAUCGGAUAAAGAAAGCAGUACCGAUUCCGAAUCCGACAUCCACCACAGUGGUACCAACGAAAACGCCGGUUAUAUCAGUGAUAGUGGAGACGUGGAACAUUAUAUUUCCGAUUCGGAGAUUGAAGAUCGUGUGCCACAAAUCCGCGAACGCCAGAUGAGUGUUUUCGCACCACCUGUGGCAGCAGUCCGGAAAACCAUCUACGAAAGAUCCGCUUCGCUACCAACGGAAGACUUGUACGAAGUUUCCGCUCGUAGCAUCAAGUUGCGGAAACAGUACUACGAGGAACAAAUCAAAAAGGAGAUGAUUGAAGAGCAACUAACCAGUGAGCUAGAGGAGGAACCGUCCCCCGAACGUAAAACUCUGAUCAGUUCACUGGUUCAGCAACUAAGCGAAGAGAAAAUCACAGUUCGUGAUAUCGCACGUUCGUUUGACGAAGCGACGAAAAAAGAGGUUUCUUUCGAAGAUGACCGCCAAACGCACAUUGAGGACCAAACAGCGAUUUCAACACAAAUCCACGAAACGCACAAAGAAAUCGAUGUCGAUUCUCAAACCAAACGUUCCUCUGUUGGUUCAGAACAGAGCUCUUCGUCAGAUGUGGAUAAAAUGACGAGGAAUGAGAGCACCUCCAAGCCGGAUUCUAUGGAGGUGCAUGUGGACAAGAGCGAGAUUGAGGAUUCGGAGAAGUUGGCCGAACUCGACCAGGACGCUACCGAUUUGGAGACCAAGUCUUUGGACUCACUUAACGCGGUUGAAAUGUCCCCGAAAUCAACGUACUCUGCUGACGAAGCUAUUCCCGAAAUCACAGUCACACUGUCAGGGAAACAGAGACGUAUCAGUGAAGAGAGUGACGAAUAUGCACCCAAAACUGAGAAAAAAACCGACCUGGACUCCCCAAUACACGUACCAGAGGAGCAUGUUGAAGAUACGGUUUGGGAAGUAUCAGUUCAGUCACAACCAGAGGCUCGUUUCGACGAAAAAGUCACGUCUUUUGAUGCCGCCACUGUCGAAAAAUUUGAAAAGGAAGAGGAUUUGAGUUUAAGUACCCGAGAUGAGUCUGACUUGGGCUCGGAAAUCCACCAAGACCAUUCAGACUCUUACGCCUCCGAUAAAAUCAAGUCCGAGAGUCACAGUGAUAUCGAACGAAUUAUCUUAGACAGUUUGCACCAACAAAAAGUUGAUCCUGUGGAAGCCAAAGCCAUAGCUAGUGCCCUAAUUGAAGAAAUUGAGGCCGAAAUACAGAGACGCGAGUCUUUGCCACCAAGCGCAGCCACUGGAGACGUUUCCAACUAUUUGAAAUAUCUAGCAGAGACGAAAGGUUUAGAUGAACGUGAAGUUGAGUUAGUUGAGUCGGUUUUGGCGCGACGACAACGCGAAUUAGCGAAAUUAUCGCGUGGGGACACUCAAGCGUCAAGUAUUGAGAUUACGGACGAGGAUUUGCGAUACAGCGGUGCCGAAAUUGAUUCCACCCAUUUACUUGAACAACAGAUCAGUCAAUUGAAAGCUGAAAAGUUUGACGAUAUUAAAUCAAUGACUUUCAUGGACAAAAUCGACGAGAAGCACAGCGAGGAAUCACACCAGAGUAAGGAUUUUGAAACUGUUGAAGAUGGAGUCGUUACUGGGGUCAAGAGUGACUUCCAUACCAAAUCGUUUGAGAGCGUGAAAGGCGAAAAGUGUGAAACUAGAGACACGAUUUUCGAAGAGGAUGAGACAAUUUCGGAAAGUGGGUCUCAAGAAACGCAACAUGUGGAGGCCAAAGUUGAAGCUGUGGCAACUGAAACUUUGCGGAAGAAGACUGAAGAGAAAGAAGUGGAUGAGUACCGAGCGAGUAGUAUUGAUGUUGCUAAAGAGAAAACAUCUGAUGUGUCAACCAAAAAGACAGAAAUUGAUUCAGAUGAUUCAUUUAAACAGAAGAUUGAAGAUACUGUUGCAACAAGUGACGUUACCAAAUCCAUAACCAAGCAUCAUAUUGAUGUACACGAAAAAUCCCCGACUGAAGAAGUUAAAUUGAAGGGGGAAAUCACUUGUGAGGAUUAUUUAUCGAAAGAAGAACGUAGUAAAAGAGAGGCCACUAGUGAGAUUAAGGAAAUCGACGGUGGGACAAUUGAGAAAGAGGUUGCAAUUGAAGAAUCACAUAUUAAAACGAUUCAGAAGGAAUUCAUCGAUCGUGAAACGGAAGAGGUGCGUUCAGACGACACCACAACAAAGCAGACGAAGAUUAGUAGCAGAAUUGUAUCAACUGAUGUUGUCCACGAAUCGUCAUCGUCAAGCGAAACCAAGGAACAAGUCGAAAUCAUUGACUUAGACCCCUCUCAACUACCCAGCGAGUUGGGCGAAAUCAAAAUUAUCGAAAAACACGAAGAAAUCAAACGAACUUCUAGUAGUGAAUCAAAAUCGAGUAUAGAAUCGGGAAAAUCACCAGAAGAUCAAUUUUCUACGUGUUCUUCUGGACGCAAGGGUGAUUCAGACCCGUCAAGGGUCACAGACAAGUCUGAAGUCUUAAUGCGGAAAACGAGUUCACUUUCUAAAGUUGACCGAAAGUCAGGGAUUGAUUUCGAGACGUAUUCGAGCUCUGGUGAGAGUCACUAUCACAGCUUUGAGUUAGAUAGUGGAAAGAGCCGACCAUGUUCGUCUGAUGUUGAAGGAUUGGUAGCUGCCGGGUCUUCCGAGUAUGAGAGUGCGUUAACAUCGCAGGAUUAUUCAUGUCGUUCACAUAUAACUUCGACUGAGUACCAUACAGCUGUCAGUAGUUUGAGUUCGAAGGAAAGUAUGAAAAGUCUAGACAGUGAAAGUUCUGGUCAUUUGGGAAGUGUGGAAAUUUCUGAGUUGUCGGAAACUUUAGUACCGUCUGCGAGUGACGUGGAGGGCGAUAUUUUAGACACUGGUGACCAAUUGGACGACGGUGGUUGGAACGAAGAGCUUGAAGACGAACUGAGUGAUAAACAAUCAAAAAUGAAACGAUCACACGAAAUGACGUUCCAACCCGAACCCAAACUUCUAUCCACCGAAUCGCCACAGACUGAGGAAAGCGACCGGAAGUUUACAAGUAUGGAUGACGGAAGUGUUGUUAGUAUGAGUUUGUCGAGUACUUCCGGUACGACUGAACCUAGAACGGUUAUUGAGUUGUCUCGAGCUGAUUCGGAGAGAGUUGAAGGUGGAAGUAUGACGGUUUCGGGGAUUUCCGAUCAAUUGAGUAUUGAAGGCAGUUGUGACAGUUUAAUAUUCCACCAACAGACCCCACUUACAACUUCUGAUAUGAGUACCUCAACUGGACAAGUUGAGGGUAAUUUGCAAAUCGAGUCGAUUACUUUCACAACUUCAAUGGUCAACGAAAGUGGAAUUCGGAGUGUUAGUACCCAAGUGACGUCUGAAAGUCAUACACCAGAGGAAGACCGCGCUGGUAAAGUCACAGAACCUCAACCAAAUGGGAAAUGUCCACCGGAAAUGAAAAAGAAGUGUCACAGACGCCAGGAGAGCACUAGUUCCUUCGUACCGCCAAAAAUGGGCAGUUUUGAGCAAAAGUACCAAUCCGAAUUGACCGAAAGUGACAAAUACACCGCCGAGCUGAGCUUCAAAGAGGUGAUCAGUGACGAAAAGAAAGACAUUGAUGAACGUGAGAAGGAAGAAAGUUACGAAACCGAGGCCGAUCAAGGUUUCCACCGUGACGUCCGCGAGGGGAAGUACCAAGAAGCCGAGGAAGAAAUCAAAGACGACACUCCCGAAUUCAGCUCCGAGACACAAGCCAGUGUUGGCGAACUUGAACAAGAGUACAGCUCGGCCCUAGCACGAGCCCAAGAAGUACGGAAAAAAUCUGAAACCAGUCCUGACCUAAACAUCCACAAGGAACCGCUUGAAAAACGUGACUCUCACGGAAAAUCCAGCAGUACCUCGAGCGAAAAAUCAAGUUUUGAGGAAGCUGAAGCCGAAGCUGCGUUCAAUAUGGUGGCUCACGUCUCACCAGCGCAUAAAAUCAAACAAAUCUGUCCGAUUCUUGAAGAUGAAGAUGCGGAAAAACACGAGUUGGAAACGCGGGAAAGGGCACAGAAAGAGUAUGAGAAACGACGCUCGCAAAUCAGGGAUCAAAGUCCGGGAUCGAUUCCCGAUAUCAAAGUAACGCAACAUAUGACACCUCUCGUUGAUCGUAAUUUCCGGUACCCGGACUUGGAACUCGAAGAACAAGAACGGGCCAAAGAGAAGGAAAAGGAGAGUGAGACUCAGAAAUCAACACCGCAGACUCCGUCGAGUAAAAGUUCCGAAGAUACGGAUCAAGGACGUGAAUACGUGCUUGAAGACUCGGGAAUUUCAAUACCCGAAGAACCCAAAACUGAGUCUAAAAGUACGGUGAUUGAGCAAACCGUGAAGGAGGAAGCUGAUAAAGACACAGACUCGCCAAAUAGCGAUUCGUUUGAAAUGUUGGAAAAACCGGACGUUUUAGAUGAUUUUGUCGUAAUCGAAGAAGUGGGGAAAGAAGCACAUGAGUUUGAUUCAGAAGGGAAAAGUGUCAGUAUUAAGCAAAAAACAAGCAAACGGCCCAAAAAACACGACGAGGAAGUUGAAGAGUAUUUAGCUCAUUCGGCCCCAACUCCACUUACUAAAAUGACCGAUGUGAAAUUUUACCCUGAUGGAUCGUCCAGCGAAGAGCUGGGUUUUGAUUUUGAGGAUAGUCCACCUAUUAACAACGAAGCUUCGGCCAGUAGUUACGAAAAAGAAUUGGAAGCCAACAAAAAAUGGAUCGAACAACAGUUUCAAGGUGACCAAGCGGCCCGAAUGGCCGCUGGUUACGACUACGAGAUGGAGUUCGAACGUGGACCUUUAGAGGACAUCAAAGAGGAGGAUAUCAACGAUUUUGACCCGACUUCUAGCCGGAUUGGAAGCUUGGGUUCGCAAAAAGAAUCAGGCGGGAGUCUUGGAAGUGUUAAAGAUUCGUACUCAAGUACCCCAGACUAUGAUGUCUUAGCUGGCCGGAAAUAUUUCACACGCAGCGGCGAACAUGACGAUAUCUCAAUGUCAAGUCUUCAAGAAUUUGAAAAUUUGGAACGGGCCAUGUCAUUGGAAACCAAGAGGUACCAUCAAGGAUCGCAAGAUUCCUCCAGCAAUGGUAGUUUUAAAACCCGGUAUUACGCGAGUAAGUCGGGGCAAGGGGACGAUGUUUCCGUCAGUUCGCUGAAGGAGUUUGAAGGGCUGGAAAUGGCAUGUAUUGCGGCCCAUAAAGUUGAAGUCAAGGCCAAGGAGGAGGAAGCAAUGCUGGCGCAAAUUGACGAAGGUCAGGAAAGUCUGGCCUCGGAGUCGGAAAGUUGCGAGACGAUUUCAAGGACUGAUAAAAAAUUGAUCCCCGACUCCGAUGAGGAAGAUUACGAGAAACGAAUGUUUGAGAUUGAUGAGAUUAUAAGACAGGCGCAGAGUAACGUUGAGCGUUUUAUUGACUUGAAGGAAGGUGAGAAAACGGAAUCGUUGGGUCGUGGUGACUCAAUUGAGGAAGUUUCCAAAGUACCAGACCUAGAUCUUGACGCACCUGUGGUCAGGUCUACCAUCAAGGUUCAAUGGAAGGAGAGUGAAGACGUUAUGGUUACUUCAACCGAUUCCAUUGAUGGUAAAAUCGGGGAAAAAGGCAGUCAACACGAUAGUACCGACAGUCUUGAUCAGAAAACCGGAGCCGAUAUCAUGACCGCAAGCACUGACUCGAUCGAGUUUCAGUCGCGGAAAACCGAACCGAUUAAUUUACUGAGUGACAGUAUUGAAAUCCGGGACGAAGCUUGUGGGAUGGUUUCGAGUGAUUCGCUCGAACUUGCCGCCAAACAAACGGAAAAUAUGUUAGAAAGUACUGAUAGUCUGGUCGAUCCGACCAGUUCGACAGCAACUCAUGCUACUUAUCAAUACGAAACCGAUUCUGUCUUUUCUGGAAGUUUCACAAGUGGUGGUUCAAACACCAUGGUGUCGUCCACCGACACCAUCGACCCAGUUCAAGUUGACAUCGCAGCGGCAGCUCGCAAAGUCUGGUUUGACGAAGAUACGGCCACUCGGAGGAUCACAACUGAGUUUAUUCAAGACUCGAGCAAACCCUACGUAACUGAGGUGAUUGAACCAACUGAUGAGGAAGGGUUUUCGCAUACGAUCCACCGAAGGGUUGAGCUUCCGCCCGAGAUUAGAAAAGUCACUUUUCACGGAAGCGACGCCGAUGAGAGACUCCGACAAUUCAUUGAGGAUUUCAACGAAGGAGAACACGUGGAAGAGGUGGAGGAAGUGGACGCGGCUGGAAAUGUGCACACGAAACGAAUUGUGCAGAGGAGGUUUAUCGUAGAGGGGCCAGAAAUGGAGAAAACCGUAGCUAGCAAAACUAACCAACUAACGUCAAUUCCUAAAGAAACGACAGGUGAGGAGUCCAGUUUUGCGGCAACGGGUGGACCAAAGGAAUCCUCGUUGAAAGCCCAAACCUCCAGACGACGUCAGCUGCGUUAUGAAAUCAGUGUUGAUGAUCAAAUCGAGGUGGAUCCCCGGGAACAUGACUGGCGUUUUAAUUUACCUGAACAUGCAGAAGGCGAAGAAUCUGGGACAAGUGGCCAGCAAACCGGCCGGACUUCGCAGCAGAGAUCUGUGGCAGACCAGCACCAACUCUCUGAAGAGAUGAAGCAACUCCUCAAGGAGCUAGAAAAGGAAAGCAAGCAAUAAAUGGACGUUCCCCAAUUAUCGUCGAUGUGAACCUAAAUGUUAAAAAAAAAACCCAAAAACAUAUCUCGGUGUUUGACGAAAAGAAAACGACAAAAUAACGCAAUAUGAAGAAAACUUUGGCUUUUGCAAAUGUUAGAAUAUUAUUCCUAUGCUUGCUCUAGAAGUGAGUGAUUGAAAAAAAGUUUAGUUGUGGCUCACUCAAUUUGUUUCUUAUUUGUAAAUGGUCCAUAAAUUCUUGAUACAAAAGCAUCCUGCCUGGAAUUUUGAACACUUUUGCCGGAUCCGCGCCGGAUUUCGGUGUUAUUUUUGACGUGCAAUUAUUUUCUACCCUUUGCCAUUUUACACUAAUCGGAAGUAUUCCAGUUAUGACAGCAGGCUCGUAAUUGUGAUAUUUCGCAUGAUGUACUUAUUUUAAUAACGAUAGGGUGAUUCGAUCAUCUCGUGUAACAAUACCUUGCAAUUUGAGAUGCUAUUUUAUAAGUUAUCGCUGUUGUUUUUUGUUUUAAUUGUACACUAUUUGUUAAGUAUUGCAAGUUAAUGUUACAGUAUUUAUUAUGAGGAAUAUUUGUAUAAAACGAACGAAUAAGAAAGGAGAAAGCAAAUUUAGAUUUGGAAUUUUACUUGAUAGGAUUUCAUUAAUUAGCUUAAACUGAAUUUGCGGUUGUAAGUUCACAUUUUUCCAAUUUUUGCCGACUGUGGGGUUUGUGGUUUAUCCCCGAGCGGAUCAAAGAUUGGAAACUUGUUUGACCAUCACUUAUAAUUUAUCUCAAUGUGAAUUAAAUAUAUAACCUGUGUAUCAGAUUACAAAAUAAAGCUUUCAACAAAAAUAGA